UGCAGCCGCAAGAGGAACUGCAGGGUUGGACUGUGAAAGGGAAACCACAUCAUCAAUAUUCAUCUCUCGGUCACCCUCCUCCUCCUAGGUUCGGUUAACAACACACUGUUUCUUUGGCUGUAUUGAAGGUUAGGCUGUUUCUCGUUCGUCGAAAUGGCGUCUAACGAUUAUUCCCAAACAUCUGGCCAGGGCUAUGGGUCCUAUGGUGGAGGUGGAGGUAGUGGAGGUGGUGGUGCUAACCAGGGCUAUGGUCAGUCUUCUGGACAGAGCUACAGCCAGCAGGGCUACGGGGGCUACAACCAGAGCUCUGACAGCAGCCCCGGCUCUUACAGCCAGGGAGGAUUUGGCAGCUAUGGUCAAUCCCAGUCAGGAUACAAUUCUCCACCCUCUAACCAGGGUGGUGGUGGUGGUUAUAAUCAGUCCUAUAGCCCUGGAGGCUAUAACAGCAACCCGCCCUCCAACAUGAGCUACAACCAGCAGUCAUCCUUCUCUGGGUACAGCCAGCAGCAGCCUCCUUCUUCAUCCUCCGCAGGCUAUGAAGGUAACCCACAGGCCUCUGGCUACAACCAGCCACCGAGCAGUGGACAGAGUGGAGGUGGUUAUGGCAGCAGUGGAGGUCAGACUGGUGGCUAUGGGGGCAGCGGCAGCCACCAACAAUCAUCCCAACACGGAGGAGGUCACUACAACCAGCCUCCGAGCUACAACUCGCCCCCUCCGCAGAGCUACAGUCAGCAGAGCCAGUAUGGUCAAGGUGGAGGAUAUGGAGACGAAAGCCCACCGAUGAGCGGAGGCGGAGGAGGAGGUGGAGGGUACCCUGGUCCCGAUGGAGGUUACGGAGGUCAGGAUGGCCGCGGUGGCAGGGGACGUGGGGGUGGAUUUGGAGGUCGUGGUGGUGGCGGAUAUGAUCGCGGUUUUGACCGAGGUGGCCGAGGUGGUCCAAGAGGAAGAGGAGGCAUGGGAAUGGGCGAUCGUGGAGGAUUCAAUAAGUUUGGUGGACCAAGAGAGCCGGGACAUGGACAUGGAGGACCCAGCUUCAUGCAAGACCAGGAUAACUCUGACAAUAACACUAUCUUCGUGCAAGGCCUGGGAGACGACUACACUGUUGAAUCAGUGGCAGACUUUUUUAAGCAGAUUGGGAUCAUUAAGAUCAACAAGAAGACUGGCCUUCCCAUGAUCAACCUGUACACAGACCGAGAGACAGGGAAGCUGAAGGGGGAGGCCACUGUGUCCUUUGAUGACCCCCCCUCAGCUAAGGCUGCCAUCGACUGGUUUGAUGGUAAGGACUUCAAUGGAAAUCCUAUCAAGGUGUCUUUUGCCACCCGCAGAGCCGACUUCGGAGGCCGAGGUGGCAUGAGGGGAGGCCGAGGAGGACGAGGAGGGCCAAUGGGUCGUGGUGGAUUCGGAGGGGGUCGAGGUGGAGGUUUCCCAGGAGGCAAUGGAGGCAAUGGAGGCAACGGAGGCAAUGGAGGCAACGGGGGCAAUGGGGGCGGUGGAGGAGGAGCACAACAGAGAGCCGGAGACUGGAAGUGUUCGAACCCUAACUGUGGCAACCUGAACUUCUCGUGGCGUAAUGAGUGUAACCAGUGCAAGGCCCCAAAACCUGAGGAUGCUGGUGGGAUGUCCCCAAUGGAAAGAGGAGGUUUUGGAGGAGGAGAGCGCAGAGGGGGGUUUGAGCGGGGCGGCUUCAGGGGCCGAGGUGGCGACCGCGGGGGCUUCAGAGGGAGCCGAGGGGGCGACCGCGGAGGAUACGGCCCUGGAAAGAUGGACGCAAGGGGUGACCACAGACAGGAGCGGCGGGGCCGUCCCUACUAAAUCAUCCUCCAUAGGACAAAGUCUCCCCUGUCCCACCUCCAGUAGAAAGACCAGUGUGUGUCCCCUGUCCAUACACCUUUUAUAUUACUCUGUUAACUUUGAUCCUUUACAUUCAGUGUGUAGAAAAAUGUGACUAUCCCUGUUUUUGUGUUUGCUCUUGUUCAUCUGACUCGUUGACGUCCAUCCACAGUACGUUCUUUUGCUCAGUGAGGUCUCGUUGCACACAGCUCUACAACUUAAAGCUGGGGUAGGCCGUUUUUUGUGUGUCAUUGGGUAACAUCUAUAAUAACCUUUCAUCAUUUUGUAAUUCAAGUGUUCUGAAAAAAACUGGACUUCUAUGCUUUGUUUUCAGGCUUUAGAAAAUGUAGCCCAUGGAAAAAAAGAAGUCUAAAAGAGAGUCGCUAAUAGUUUAGCAUUCUGCUAACCAUAGCCAAAGGCCCACAGCUGCAGCUAAUUUAAGCUAAUGUUUUUGAAGUUAGCUGCUGUAUAACUAAGAAUCACAGUAAGUCAUAUCAAAGGGCUUUACAAAGAAAACAGAACAGUAAUUCUCAUAGAAUUGUUGCUAGAUAACAACAUUCAUCAGGAUGAAGUUAGUCUUGCUAUCUCCACAGCGCUGUGGCAGCAUCUCCUAUAGUGGAGAU